AGGGAAUUGUGGGAUUUGUUGCGAUAUGUCAAAAAUUACUCAAUAACAAAAAUAGUUGAUAAAUCGCCUGAUAUACAGCUAGGAAUUAUUAUCUACCCUUUUGCAGUUUAUAAUUCAAUUAUGGUAAUAUGAGUAAUCACUCAAAUGUCAUGUGAGUGCAAACAAAAAAGUUUUUGUGAUUCCAAAGAUGCUCCAAAAUAAAUGUCGCCAUUCACUUGCUUUGCCUUUGGAUUCCUGUUCAUUUUGCAAAUCUUCAGCACCUGAAAGUUUACUCAAUGUGUGUUUUGACUACAUAAAUGAUCACUUGGACACAUUAUGUGUCUAUGACAGUCAAGGGAAACUACAGUUGAUGGAUGGAGUUACACUUCCAGUUGAAAUUAGUGAAAAGCUCUUAAGUAUAAGAUCCAAUAGCAUUAAAUCCACUGUUUCUGUAAAUUCAAGAUUCAUCAAUAUAUUCAGGGAUACACAACGCACAAGAUUAAAGAGGGUGAAACUACAUAAAACAUUAAUAGAUAAUUAUGACUUAGAAGUAUUACUGAAGCAUAGGUUACAUGAAUUAGACAUCUCACACAGUCCAGAAUUAACAUCAUCGUGUAUUAGAUACAUUACAGAAUAUGGUACCAGCCUUCAUUCAUUAAGUAUUGAGGACACAAAUAUAUUUCCAAAAAAUAUAUACGGCAAUCUCAAAUUCACUGAGGAACAUUAUGACAAGGGUUUUAUAUUUUUGGCACCAUCUCUAAGAAAGUUAUGUCUUCGAGGUUUGCAAGAACUGCAAGUUGACUUUUAUAUGUUGUUAUUGAAUCAUCUAUCAACCUUAACACACCUGGACCUAUCAAAUUGUAGUUAUCUGAAAGACUUUGAUUAUACGGAACAUCUCACAAAUUUAGUCUCCCUGGUUUUAUACAAUGUAGAUAAUAUUGAAUCUAAAAUAGUUUCAAUAUGCAAGCUGAAAACACUCAGACAUCUGGACAUCUCAACAUCCAAAGAAGAAAGAGGAAAUUUUUCCAAGGGAAGUGAAGUUUUAACAUUUAUUGUUGAAAGUUUGCCACAUUUAGUGUCAUUAGAUAUAUCAGGAACAAACUUAGCUGGUAGAGGAGUUGCAGAACAAUCUCACAUGACUUAUCGUUCAGAUAUACCAGGUUUAAGCUCAAGGGUCAACAAUCCAUUUCAAUAUUUAGGUUUAUAUGAAACUACCCAUGAUGCUUGUUUAAGACAUGACAUUCCAGCAAAAUUGAUUGCUGGAAAUGCUAAUGAAGAACAAAUUUUAAUAGCGGCUCUCGCCUUUUUGGAUAGACCGGAUAUGUUGCAAAAAAUUUUAAAUGAAUUAUUCCAUGUAUUCAGAUAUGAAACUUGUGAAUAUGUUGGUCAAGCUCUCAACAUUGUGCUGGAGGCAAUGGACAAGCAUCUGCAUGAAAGGCAUAUACAAAUUUCGGGCAGUGCGACUUUAUUUUAUAUUGUGAAGGGCACAGGAAAAGAAUUGCAUGAUGUGGUAUUAGUGAAAAGAAGAAUAAUCACCACUCUGCUUAACGGGAUGAGCGUGCACCGUAACGAUGAUACAAUGAUGCGCAACGGUUGUCUCACCCUCUGCCAAUUCAAAAUUCCAACUGACGUGUUAUUUAAUUACACUUUGCAGUUAUUUGAUUAUGAAAGAUUAGUUGAUAUUUUACUUCAUUCUGUACACGGAAUGCAACAGGAUAGCUUUGUACAAAGAAUAGGUAUAUAUUUAUUAAAUUCGUUGGCAUGUCAGGUUGAUGGUCAGCAGAAAGUUAAGUUAGGUGAUUUAGGUACCAUAAAUAGAAUGAUAUGGUUGAUAUCAGAAAGACUUCAAAGAAGUUUUUGUGAUGACGUUCUAGAAGUGGCUUGGUCCACAAUGUGGAACGUAACUGACGAGACCCCGUCCAAUUGUAGAAAGUUUUUAGAAUGUAACGGAAUGGAACAUUUCUUAUUAUGUUUACAGAAAUUCCCCGACAGGGAAGAGCUGCUCCGUAAUAUGAUGGGUCUUCUGGGUAAUGUGGCUGAAGUGCAAGAAUUGCGCUACUACCUCGUCACACCCGAAUAUCUCGACGUCUUCUCCCAUUUGUUAGACUCCGAAAGCGAUGGCAUAGAGGUGAGUUAUAAUGCCGCAGGCGUGAUAUCUCACAUCGCGUCCGACGGGCCUGAGGUGUGGACCGUCUCCAAGCCGUCCCGGGAGGAAGUCUUACGCAAAAUGGUCCUGGCUAUUCAGCGUUGGGACAUCAGUUCUCAGCGGAACAUCAACUACAGAUCGUUCGAACCCAUCCUUUAUUUGGUGAAGGUUUACCACACUCCCGAAUGUCAACAUUGGGCGGUGUGGGCUCUGGCCAACCUUACAAAAGUGUAUCCUGACAAAUAUUGCACACUGAUUGAAAAGGAAGGCGGCUUAGAUUUACUACAAGAAUUAAUUAUGAAUUCUGCUCCCCCUGAGGCUGUUAAACACUUGGCUAGAAUUGUAAUUGAUAAUUGUAGGGUUUAUAAAGACGGCUGGCAAGAACUUGAUGCUCUCUUAGAUGGCUGAAUAUAUAUAUUUCUAAUAACACUCAUCAGAGCAAAUAAAUUGUACGUUUGUGAUUACAUUAAUACACAAUUAUGUUACAAACAUGAAAGAAAUUAAUUAUUUUUAUUGAUUUUAUAUGGACUGUUAGUUUUUCAUUAAUUUGUAUAUAUUUAGAAAUUAAAUGGGUUAUGUAUCAUGUAAUUAAUUAUAUAUUAUAAUAUUAUAUUUAGUUAUAUGUGAUUUUUAUUUAUACAAUACAAAUAUAUUUAUUACUAUUUUU